GCGGGGCGUGGCAUGUCUGGGUGGGAGGAAGGGCGCCGGCGGCCCCUGCACGAGCGGUCAUGUGACUGUGAAGAUGGCCGCCUUUCCCUGGCGCUCCCGGAACCGGAACUACAAGGCGGAGUUCGCGUCGUGCCGGCUGGAGGCCGUGCAGUUGGAGUGUGGCGAUUACCACCCCCUGAAGCCCAUCACUGUCACAGAGUCAAAAACCAAGAAGGUGAACCGGAAAGGAAGCACAUCCUCCACGUGUUCCUCCUCCAGCUCUGUGGCGGACCCGCUGAGCAGUAUCCUUGAUGGCACUGACCCCCUGUCCCUGUUCGCAGCCACCCUCGACCCUGCAGCCAUGGCAGCAGCCACGGACAGCUCCAGAAAGAAACGGGAAAAGGAUGGUAACACUGCCGUAGGAUCGGAUUUUGAGCCUUGGGCCAAUAAGCGGGGGGAGAUCCUCGCCCGGUACACGACCACGGAGCGACUCUCCAUUAAUCUGUUUAUGGGAUCCGAAAAAGGCAGAGCUGGGGCCACAGUGUCCGCAAUGUCAGAGAAGGUCCGGACGCGGUUGGAGGAGCUAGACGACUUCGAGGAGGGAUCCCAGAAGGAGCUGCUGAACCUGACACAGCAGGACUACGUGAACCGCAUAGAGGAGCUCAACCAGUCGCUGAAGGACGCCUGGGCCUCAGACCAGAAAGUGAAGGCUCUGAAGAUUGUGAUCCAGUGUUCAAAGCUUCUUUCAGACACCAGCGUUAUUCAGUUCUACCCAAGCAAGUUUGUCCUCAUCACCGACAUACUUGAUACCUUUGGAAAACUGGUGUACGAGCGGAUCUUUUCCAUGUGCGUGGACAGCUGCAGUGUCCUGCCGGGUAAGUAGCCACAGCCGCUCAGCCGUGCUGGGUGGCGUCCUGCCCUGGAGCUGCGACU